AUUAAAUUCCAUUCCUAAAAUGAGUGACAAAGAAUCAUCAGCGGUUUGGAAUAAAUCUGAACUUUAUCAAUGGGAAGGUUUUUGGUCAAAUCUUACCAUUAUAAAGGAAGCCAAGAUCUUCAAGGCAACCUUCAAAUCAGAUCCUAACGAUGUUCUUUUGGCAUCUUUCAUAAAAACAGGUUCAACAUGGCUCAAGGCCAUAUGUCUAUCCAUCAUGGAAGGAAAUAAAAAGGAAGAAGACCUAUUGGUUAAGGAUAAUCCUCAUUUUCAUGUUCCAAUAAUAGAGGCCAUGAAUUACUAUUCAAAAACUCCAGUUCAUGAUCUAUACACAAUGCCCUCUCCAAGAUUAUUUCACACUCAUUUACCUAGCUUAUAGGGUUUUACCAAAUUCAAUAAAAAAAAUCAGAUAAUUGCAAGAUUAUAUAUAUAACAAGAAACCCUAAAGAUACCUUAAUUUCCAUAUGGCAUUUCUUCAACUAUAAUUGUAAGCGUUUAGAAAAUUUCUCCCCUUUAGAAGAAGUUGUGGAAUCCUUUUGCAGUGGGGUUCAUUUAUAUGGACCAUUCUUUGAACAUGUUCUUGAAUACUGGGAAGAAAGUAAAAAAAGGCCUAAAACAAUACUAUUCUUCAAGUAUGAAGACUUGAAAAUAGACCCUAAAAAGGAGUUGAAAAAAAUAGCCUUGUUUCUUGGAAAACCUUUUGUUAAUGAAGAGGAUUUGGAGAUAGUUUUGAAGAAGUGUAGCUUGGAGAAUCUUAAGAACUUGGAGGUUAAUAAGAGUGGCUCAAUCCUCUAUAAUGUUCAUAAUAGUUCGUUUUUCAGAAAAGGAGUUGUUGGAGAUUGGAAGAAUCACUUGACACCUAAAAUGGAAGAGCAACUUGACAAGAUUACUAGAUUGAAACUUCAAGGGAGUGGCCUUGAACUUUGAUUCUUUGAGUAACUACUACUUUAAUAAGCUUUUUCUAUUACUUCAUCCGGGUGAGUAAUAAGCUAGGGUUGUUGAAAAUAAUAAGCUUAAAUGUUUAAGCGCCUAUGUCAUAUGUCUUUUUAGUUAUCUUAAGUGUAAAUCUUUUA